GAAAAACACAAGUAUUUUGAUAAUAAUGUUGCGAACAGUCGUGUUGUCGGUGCUGUCCGUCCACUUAUGCUGGGCUCAGAACCCGUGGGAACCGGUGCCUGAACAGGGCUAUGGGUUAGGCAAACAUAACGAGUUUCUGAAGUAUACGAGUGAGCACAAGGACCAGGUUAAGGCCGUGUUCAUUGGCGCCUCCAUUACGGAGUACUGGCAACAGGAGGGGAAGCAAUACUGGAACGGCUUCGCGGCUAAAGGGGCCGUCAAUUACGGCAUAGGAGGCGACCAAACGACUGGUGUGUUGUGGAGGAUCCAGAAUAAAGAGUUGGACGGAUUGCAUCCCAAGGUCAUUGUGGUGGGCAGUGGACCCGGUGAAAAUUUUAUGGGUUCCCACACAUCGACCUCGUGGUCGGACGUCCUUCGGGCACACAAAGAGAUUAUCACUGAAUUGAGGGCCAAAUCGCCGCAGAGUAAGCUAAUAGUCGUGGGCCACACCCCUUACGGAGACCACGUCUCCAACGAAAAGUCUAAACUAAUCAACGCUGAGCUCAAGAAGGUUGCGGACGACAAGACCGUCUUUUACAUCGAUAUCAGCUCUCAUUUGACGGACGCCAGCGGCAAACAAUUGGACUCCAUGUUUCGCACUGACCAUGUUCAUUUGUCUACAGCUGGUUAUAAAGUAUGGUCCGACCAAAUGGGGCCGUUGUUUGAUCGGCUCAUGCAAUAGAUUUAUGACAUCAUUAAAAUUGUUUACAAAACACAUUAAA